AUGGUGGAGGGAGUUUGUCUCGGCAAAUGCCUCCCUUCGGGGGACAAAGUCCAUCUCAAACGCGGCAACAAGGAGGAGGCUGAGGAGGUGGACCUCCUGCGAGAGCAGGUCCGGGACCUGUCGGAGAUGAAUCUCGCCUUGCGCCGCGAGCUCGCCGCCUGCCGCGGCCGCCUGGGCUCCGUGGGUUCUGCCGAAACCUGCGAUACGGGAAUCACGGAAGAGUUGGAUGAGGACGUGGUGGACCCCAACCAAGUACACCUUCGUGGGCGCCUCUCCAGGCGUGCCACCAUUCGCGAGGAGGAGGAUGACCUGAACCUGUUGAACGAGGAGCCAGUGUCGCCGCCAGUGAAGACAGACAGCAGAAAUGAGUUGGAGCGAACAGUGAAGCUCUCAGACAUCAUCAAGUCGGGGAUGAACAGCACGGCUGCGAAGGCCAGCGCUCUGGGCAAGGGCCGCGCUAUGCGAUUCUUCAUAUUCUCUUUUGCCCUUCUCUUCGUGAUAUUCGUGCUGGUCGCCUCCUCUACAAGUCUGGGGCCGGUGUCAGAGUUCUUCUACGGCGACUCGCUGGAAGCCACCAUUGCGUUUCGCAAUGGCCUCGACCCGCACGGGGACGACCACGGCGCGGACCAUGGCACCGAAGGCGACCACUCCACAGGCGACCACUCUACGGGCGACCACUCCACGGAGCAUGCCACACAGGGCACCGACCAGUUUUCGACCGAUUGGGGAUCAGCGGAGGUCACCAUGCCCACAGCGGCGCCGAGUGACCAUGCCACAGAGGCACCGAGCGGCCACAGCGCUGAGUCACACGGCGAGUCGCACGGCGGCGCCCAUCGCCGACGAUUGAGUUCUGGGCCUUCGCUGCUGCUCACAAACAUCGCCUUUUGCCUCACGAGCUGUGGGUUGGUGGCCUUCUUUGUGGGCCUUUGCAAGCAGCCCUUGAUCUUGGGAUACCUGCUCGGUGGGGUUGUGGUUGGCCCGGAAAUGGGCUUGAGCUUGGUGGAGAGCCAUGAGCAGGUUGCAGAGAUCGCCAACUUGGGAUUGGUGUUCCUGCUGUUCAUGAUUGGACUGGAGUUGGACGUCAAGGAGAUCCUUCGCAUGGGGCGCGUAGUGCUCCUGACUGGCCUUUUCCAGUUUCCAGUUUGCUUGAGUGUGCAGUACCUCCUCUUCACCGCUUUGCAGUCGGCAGGGCUCAGCCUUGGCAGCGGUUAUGCAGCCAUGUAUUGCGCGCUGGUGUGCGCCAUCUCCUCCACCAUGAUUGUCGUGAAGCUGCUGUCCGAGAAGGGCGAAACAGAUCGUCCCAACGGACGCCUGACGAUUGGCAUCCUGAUCUUCCAAGACAUUUGGGCCAUGGUAUUCCUGGCCAUCCAGCCGAACCUUGCGAGCCCGGACUUCUUGAGCUUGUGCAAGCAGUUCGGCAUGAUCUUCGCGCUGAUCAUCAUGGCAUUGUGUUAUGCGAAGUUUGUGAUGCCCGCCGUGCUGUUCUUUGCUUCCAAGAGUGUGGAGCUGAUGUUGGUGCUCUCCUUGUCGUGGUGCUUCUUCAUGGGAGUCACCGCACAGCUUCCUUGGGUGGGCGUCGGCAUGGAGCUGGCAGCGUUGAUCGCCGGAGUGGCAUUGGCAACCUUCCCGUACAGCGCAGAGUUCAAUGGAAAGAUCAAAUACAUCCGCGACUUCUUCAUUACGUUGUUCUUUGCUGCCUUGGGUAUGCAGAUUCCUGUUCCGUCACUGCAGCCCAUCCUGACUGCCCUGCUGAUAGCUACAUUGGUGUUGCUCUUCCGAUGGCUGGGCAUUUUUACGUUGGUCUACAUGUUGGGGGGAACUCCUCGCCUUGGCAUCCUCGCCACCCUGAACCUCUCACAGAUCUCGGAGUUCGCCUUGGUGAUUUGCUCUUUGGGCAUGGGCUACGGACAUAUCGACGCCUCUACCUUGGAGAUCAUUAUUUGGGUCUUCAUGACCCUGUCGGUGUUCUCUUCCAACCUCAUCAGCUUCAACCAUGAAAUCUACAGGGGCAUGGACACAGUGUGCCGCUUUGUCUUCAAGAGAAGCAUCUCCCAAAGCGACGACGGGCCUACGCACGAGGAGGACGAGCGCGACAUCCUUUUGCUAGGCUUCCACCGCAUUGCGUCCAUGAUGAUUGCCGAGUUCGAGUCUCACAACCGAAAGCUCCUCAGCAAGCUGCAAGUGGUCGAGUACAACCAGUCCAUCAAGGAGCCGCUGCUGCGGCGGGGCAUCAAGUUCAGCUACGGGGACUUCUCCUCAGCGGAUGUCUUGGAGCACUGUUUCCAUGGCGAGCCAAAGAUUGUCAUUUCGACGACGCCGGACACCAUGCUGCAGGGCACCACCAAUAUGCGAAUCCUGAAGGUGGCUUUGAAAGUUUGGCCCCGUGCGCAUAUCAUCGUCACCGCGGACAAUCCGGAACAAGCUGCGCAGCUCUACGAGGCGGGUGCGCACUAUGUGCUCCGAUCCGCAAAGCUUUGCGCCGAGCGUUUGUUUGAGCUGCUCAACAAGUAUCAGACAGAUGCAGGAAUGUCUGACUUGAAGCGUCGCUUUGACAAGUACAAGAAGAAGGAGACUGACGACCGACGCAGCUACGUUGCUUUGAAGGUCUAG